UAUGCCGAAAGUCGUGCGCAACGCUCGGUUAGCGCCGUCGACUUUACCGAUUCGUUGGGCAACGCCAGUCGAGCCUAUUAUUCAACGAGUGUGAACAGCUUCCCUAACCAGACACGUCCCGGGAACACCGCAGUGAUGCUGAGUCUGCGCGCCAACCUAGGGGUGUCUUCUCUGGUCGAGCACCUGAAACAUCUGAUGGCGCACACCACGUGCGCCAUCCGCGAAUUGGACCUCACAAAUUGCAUUCUUGUCGAACCCAACGAAUUGCCUCUGCACAUCGCCAAAUGUACGACCCUGCAAUCAUUGCGGUGCGUCGCCUGCCCGCUCAGGCCGAGCGCCCUGCUCGGUUUAAUGCUGGAACGGCUUCACUAUCUGGCGGAAGUUGAGUUCUCCCUCGUGGCUGAUACGGACGUGCAGUCGGAAAUAAGGCACGUGCAGCAGUGCGCCUCGGAAAUGCCAGGUGCCCUGGCUCUCAAUCUCCGCCGCAUGUACGUCGAAGUCAGCGGCUACCUGAACUUCAAACUCCUCUCGGCGGUCCUACGCUACUGCCCGAACCUGGACAAGCUGCAUGUUCAUCUCGUGCGAGGAGCCUUCUCGAACGCGCUCCUGGAGUGUAAGGUCAUCCUCCAACAGUGCGUCAAUUUGGAAAAAUUCGCGUUCUCUUCCGAGGUGCCAGCCUCCAUUCAGCGCCUGCCGUCGACACCGUUGGAAUUCACGAGCUGCGCGGCCGUCUGCGCCAACGUCAGCUAUCGGACGUCGACCAACUCGUGGAGCUGUGUUCGACUGCAGGACCUCGCUGUCGACUGCAUUGAUCCCCUCAUUCUGCCGCAACAACUCGUCCUGGUUGCCGUCCACCACGGAGAAGGCACCACGGCGGAAUGCAUUCGCCUGUCCAGCCUUGGACACUUCUGGACGAACGUGCGCCAACUCUGUCUUGUGCUAUUUCCGGCACAGCCCUCCAAUGGUGUUUACGCGACGGCGGGCGCCGCGUACCGCGACAGUCUUCGCCACUUCAUCUCCGUCCAGCUCCAGCAAGUCGUCGAGCUUAACAUAAGCGCGUUCCACUUCGGCCCCGACCUCGACUUGACGGCACUGCUCCAGGACGGCUCGCUGGAGCAUCUGCAAUCCCUCUCGGCGACUCCUUGCGGGCUUCGCCGCCCGUCAGCUCUGCGCUGUCUGGCGCAGAACUGCACCGAAUUCAAAGAACUGGACGUGCGCUUUGAUAGGCGGGGCAGCUUCGAUCGGUGCACCGUCUGCGAGGGUGAGUUCUACCUCGAUCCCGAAGACAUGCCGCAAAUGCAAGACGGCACCCCCAUGUUUCACAAUGCGCUUGUCAGGCUGACUCUGAGUGACGUGCAUGGCCGUAUCUCCCUUUGGCUCAUCGAGACCUGUCCUGCGCUUUCGGUGAGGUUGUCAGACUGCCCCAAUCCGUCGCACCCAGACUACCCGUCUUUGGGUCAGCUGCUCGCCAGAAACAGCUCGCUGAGUUGUCUCGUGCUUCGUCAUGAUGCCCUGCCCUUCGGCGAGGCGUGCCUGAUGGAAAACAUCUCCCGCAUCGCCAGCCUGCAGUACCUCUGCCUUCUGUCGGCGGCGCCAUUACAGGACAAUGUCGCCACGGUGUCCCUGCUGGCCUUCACUGCCAGUCUGAAGCCUCACAUAAAGUGUGUACACGUUCACUACAGAAACUCCACCCGCGCCACCGAGAAGCGGAUCACGUGGAUGAAGCGGGCUGGCGCUACAAGCGGUGGCGUCCUGGUUCGAGACGGUCCCUGCUUCCUCUUUUGUUCGACCGCUACGUUCAUAGGACUCGCCAAGCCGCUGAAUCGUGAUUUCAAACAGAUAAUGUAGCUGAAGGAACGGCCGAGACGUAAUAAUGUGUCAUAGAUACGCAUAAAGUGCUGCUUACAAUAA